AUGGACUCCGCACAAGGCAAGCGGAAGAGAUCGAGUGAAGGGACAUCGGCUGAAGCCAAACAAACCAAGGUGUCCGCCACUCAAAUGACCAAAGUCACGCCGAAGAGGUCUUUCGCUGAAGUAGCGAAAGGAAGCCAUGUACGGGCAGUGAUUGAUCGCAGUUCCCAUGAUGGUGCGAUCUCUCAAGCAAACUGGGACUUAAUCAAUAGGAGCCUCUGGAAGGUGUAUAGGGACAUCUUGAAAGAAAAUCCAGGAUCUCCACCCAGCUGCUCGGAUGCGCGAUGGUUUCAAUUCCGCGUCAAAUUAAUAAGGUGCGCUGAACAACGUUCCGUGGACCUAUACACCCUAGCGAUUAAUCGCAUAGGGGAACCUUGGCCGGGGGCCCGCCUUGAUGUGGUCCACCGAGAAGACAUUCCCAACCGGCCAAGAUCUAGAGCCUGGAUACCAGACUUCCAUUCUGAUCCAGAGGAAGUCCUGGAUCUAAUAAAGCUAGGCAACCCCGAACUACCUACCAGCGACUGGAAGGUAGCAAAGAUUGGCGAAGUGGACGACAAGAGGAGACUGGCCGUGAUAAUCCUCAAUGAGGAAUCUUUGGACCCACUUGCCAACAGGAAAUGGAAGAUCAAUUACGGCUUCCAAACGCUGACUCUCCAUGUCUACAGACAGGAUGUAGCUAGCAAGAGCACCUCCGCAGAAAAUAUAACUUCAUCUGCGGAAGCAAACGAGGUUGUCACAGACAACGAUGAGGUGGCUUCCAACUCCGGCAUGGUAGGCGAACUCUUCGAAAGGGUUACUUAG